UAAUAAUAGUAGGCCUAUUUGUUUAGUUCUUACUGAAUCGUACUUAAAUUGCUGAUAUUAAAGUUGUUUUAUUUUAUUUUUUCAGAUUAUUAACUUUGAAAAAAAUGAGAAAUUACAAAAGAAUAUCUGAACGCCAAACUUGGAAUGAAACCAAAAUGCAGCAGGCCGUACUGUCUGUGAUCAAUGGUGAUCAUGGGUAUAAAAAGGCAGCUGCAAUGUAUGGUGUGCCACAGACUACCCUCGAAAGCAGUGGCUAAAUUUAAGAAAAAUCCUGAUAUUGAGGAUGCUUGCAAAAAGACGCUAGGCGCAUUCAAAACUAUCUUUACAUUGGAAGAGGAGGCAGAACUUGUUCAGUAUGUUCAGCAGAUGGAGAAAAUGAUUUUUGGCCUAACCUCCUAUGAGCUGAGAAAACUUGCCUUUGAACUGGCUGAAAAAAAAAGACUCAUAAAUUUAAUAAAGAGUUGGGGGUGGCCGGUUACAACUGGUAUCAGGGUUUUAUGUUGAGACAUGCCAAACAUUUGUCACUGAGAAAGCCUGAAGCGACAUCUGCAGCCAGAGCAAUGGGCUUUAAUAAAGUAGCCGUUAAUAAAUUUUUCGAGAUUGUUGAGAAUGUCAUUGACAUAAAUAAAAUUAAUGUCGAAAGAGUAUGGAACGUCGAUGAAACAGGCAUUUCUACUGUCCCUAAGUCGCUGUCAAAAGUUAUUUCCACAAAAGGAAAAAGGCAAGUUGGCUCUCUUACAUCUGCAGAAAGGGGUCAACUUGUUACAGCAGUAGUUUGCUGUUCAGCAAGUGGGAGAUACAUGCCACCUAUGUUAAUCUUUCCCCGUCAGCGCAUGAAGGCAGAGUUAAUGGAUGGAGCACCUCCUGGUGCUUGGGCAGAAUGCCACCCAAGUGGAUGGAUCCAGACUGAUUUAUUUAUAAAUUGGUUAAAGAAAUUUAUAUUACACACAGGAGCCACAAAAGAUUCACCAGUUCUUUUAAUAUUAGAUGGACAUGCGACACACACUAAAAGCAUAGAGCUUAUUGACAUUGCCAGAGAGAAUGGUGUCAUUCUCCUUUGUUUGCCUCCACACUGCACUCACAAAAUGCAACCUCUUGACAUUUCGUUUAUGAAACUUCUGACUGCAUUUUAUGACCAUAAUUUAAGGAAAUGGUUAAGAACAUAUCCUGGGCGUGUGGUAACGCAAUUUCAAAUUGCAUCACUGUUUGGUGCGUCAUAUUUUGAUGCUGCUACCAUGACUAAUGCAAUCAAUGGAUUUAAAAAAGCAGGUAUUUGGCCAGUGGAUAGGUCAGUAUUUACUGAUGCUGAUUUCAUAGAAGCGGAAGUAACAGACAUGAGCAUUCUUACUGAGGAUACUGAAAGUUUUGUUACCACGAAUUCAGCCCUUACCACUGUCUCUGCUCCUGCCACUAAACUUUCAGAUAGCACAUCAACCACUGAACCUUCCACUUCAUGUACCGGUAGCACAUCCGCCACUGAAUCUUCAACUUCAUGUAGGCCUAGCACAUCAACCACUGUACUUUCAAGCUUUUCAAUCUCGCCACGUCAUUUGCUGCCCAUCUCGAAACAGGCCCAAAGAAAAUUGAUUGAUUAUAUUUGUACUAGCAGUGAUUGA